AUGCCGCUGAAGACGGUGGCUCCCGUGCACUACUCCCCGGCACAGAGCGCUCGCGCGGCCACUCAAGGAGUAGCUUCCAGCUCCUUGCCGCAGCGAAGCCCACAUGUGGUCAGCAACAAGAACUUGGGCCAUUACAUCUUGGGCCGUACCAUCGGUGAGGGUACGUUCGGCAAGGUAAAGCUUGGAAGGCAUAUCCUCACUGGUGAGCGUGUCGCCGUCAAGGUCUUGGAAAAAGACCGCAUCCAGGAGGUAGCCGACAUCGAGCGUGUGGCCCGGGAAGUGCAGCUCCUCAAGCUGAUCCGGCACCCGCACGUGGUGCAGCUCUUCGAGAUCAUCGAAACACGCGGUCAGCUUUACCUAAUCAUGGAGUACGCCUCAGGCGGCGAGCUCUUUGACUAUAUCGUCCAGAACCAACGAGUCCCUGAACCUGAAGCUUGCCGCUUUUUCCACCAGAUAAUCGCCGGCGUUGAGCAAAUUCACGCGAUGAACGUUGUUCAUCGCGACCUGAAGCCCGAGAAUCUCCUUCUUGAUGAGCACAAGUGCAUCAAGAUUGUAGAUUUCGGGCUCAGCAACCGCUUCGACGACAACCAGCUGCUGAGAACUGCCUGCGGCUCCCCUUGCUACGCUCCUCCGGAGAUGGUCUCGGGACAGAGCUACGUUCCGCAGAUGUGCGAUCUCUGGAGCUGUGGUGUCAUCCUCUUCGCUAUGGUCUGCGGAUUCUUGCCCUUCGAGGACUCCAACACCUCGGCGCUCUACAAGAAGAUCCUCGCAGCUAGCUACACAGCUCCCUCCUUCAUCACCGACUCCGUGAAGGAGCUUAUCGCAGGGCUCUUGACGGUGGACCCGGCCAAGCGCUUCACCAUUGCGGAUGUGAGAGCACAUGACUGGUACCGCCAAAUCCCGGAGGCAUCGGUCCGUCCACGUGACUUGGUGUCACGUCAGUGCGGCCUGGAAGAAGAUGUGCUGCAGGAGCUGAAAUGCCACGGCUUUCCUCAGGAGUAUGCGACAAACUGCCUCCUCAACAACAAGCACAACAGCGUCACAACCACGUAUUAUCUGCUCGCGGCCAAACGGCGCAGGAUGGCAGAGCAUUUGCAGCUGAGGGAGUCUGAGCGUGUCCGCGAGGAUCGCGCCAGGUCGCCGGUCCCUUCGCCCGGAGCAUCGGCGAUGGAUGACAGGCCUGCGGCAGAGCCCCUUCGAGAAAACAGCACAGGUGCGGACGCAAAGGUCCAUGUCUUGGGUUCGGGCAGCGGAACAACCCACAAAGACAACGAGAAGGCCGACGCCCGUGCUGAGGCUGCAGCAAUCUUGCGCGAAGCCACACCUGAGCCACGUCCAGAGCACAAUACGGCUGUGUCCCCACCCUCCUCCACGCGAACUGGCGUGACCCGGCCUGGCUCUGCCCGCACUGGGGCGAGCCCACAAGACAUUGCUCGCGACUCCCAGGUGUCGACACCCACUGCAACCUCCGGACGUGCUGCUGUGACCCGGCCGAACUCACUUCGCGCCACCCAGGCAAGCGGCAGCGAUGUCACUCGCGAUACGCAGGUUUCUCCGCCAACCUCUGGCAGAAUUGGAGUGACACGACCUACCUCAGCACGUGCUGGCGCCAGUCCGCAAGACAUCGUAGCUCGCCACACCCCGACAUCUGCACGGGUGGCAGUCCCAAACUCUCCGACUCCUUCCAUUGCAAGCUCCUCUGGCGGAGUGGCGGCAGACAUUCGAAUGGAUAUUCAGGCCCACUACGUGCUGAGGAUGGCGCAAACCCCGGCCAGCGUUGCGCGCUCCAGCACUGUGCCAUCACGGCCUGUGAUCCAAG